AUGGGAAGCCAAGGCUCUCCAAGUUCUACCAGCCCUGCAGUGAAGACACAACAGCAAAUCAUCAGGGAGACUUUCCAUUUGGUAUCUAAGAGAAAUGAAAAUAUUUGUAAUUUCCUGGAAGGAGGAUUAUUAACUGGAGGAUCUGACAGCAAACUGACUUGUAGACAUUACACAACAUUAUAUUUUGUCUUCCGUGUGCAUUCUUCAGAGAAUGAACUUGACGUUUUAGAUCUAAUGCAAGUCCACAAUAUUCUUGCAGAAAUGGUGAUAGAAGGAAUGGUAUUGGAGACCAACAUGAAUGAGAUUGUUACAUAA